GGUGCUUGAAAACAUGGAAGUAUGGUGAUGGAAAAGUGAAAACUUUCUUUGAAUAACUUAAGAAUUUAGAUGAAAUGUUGCGAAAAAUUCUUCCUAACACCUUUCUGCGGUUUCCGCUAACAUGUCACUUUCCGCGGGCUGGCAUGUCCCAGUAUGGGCCUCAGUUUGUCGAGCCUGUCUUUAAAAAAGAAACAAUAGCGGCACUCGAGGAAAGCGGUGAAAUUGAAUCCGUAGCUCACGUGCCAAUAAAGGCCGCACGCAACAAUGAUACCUGUUCGGUUUUCCACGACGAUCUGGUCAGCAAGUUUACUAAUUAUGUAAUGAAACAAGGCAACAAGCGUCUAGCUCGAGACUUGGUGGAAAAAGGAUUCGAAAACAUUAAACGUUUACAGCUGGAACGUUACCAUUUGGCUGAAAGUGACGAAGAAAGGGCAAAACUUGAACUGAACCCUAGAGUGAUACUGAAGAAAGCCGUUGAAAAUAGUCGACCGUUACUUCAGCUGACCCCUAUUAAGAGAGGAGGAGUCCGAUAUCAGGUGCCAGUGCCGAUUACCGAGAAGCGAUCGUACUUUCUUGCUAUGAAGUGGCUUUUGGAAGCAUGCCGGGAGAAGGAGCGAACGGUGCAUUUUCCGGAAAAAAUGGCAUGGGAGGUGCUCGAUGCCGCCGCCAAUCAGGGCAAGGUGAUCAAACGUAAGCAAGAACUGCAUCGCCAGUGUGAGGCAAAUCGUGCUUUUGCCCAUUACCGUUGGAGUUAGACAAUAAGUAGUUUGGGGUUUCAAAGUAAAUAAAAGUAACAUUA